AUGAAUCCAUCACGUUUAUUGACCGGGCGUCUCGCUGGUCGCCAACUGGCUGCAAGCGUGUCACGACGCUGCAUCUCCUCUACCUCGUCACGUUUCAAUGACAAUCCUCGAGUCCAUCCCAACGCCGAAGAACACCGCCAAUACCAAAAGGAGAGAGCAGAAAACCCACACAUGACGAAUACGAACUCGACCAUUCACAACAAGAUGCCUUCGGUGGGGAAAGAUGCGCCUCCGCCAGAUAUGCUGAGUGCUGCCGACUCCAACUACGUCCCGAAAGACCGGAUUCCGGAGAACACAGACAGAAUGACAGGGGGAACGCAACCGGGAGAUCCCAACAAAGUAAGCCAGUCAGAAUAUGCUGUUGGUGAAAUGGAGGGCAUCUCGUUCCGAGUUGAGCCUCUACGUCGCACGGGAGAGGACCUUCCCACCAUGAGAGCCAGAUUACUAUACCAAAGCAGGAAACGAGGGACAUUAGAGUCUGACCUCCUACUCUCCACUUUUGCAGCAGAGAAUCUAUCCUCCAUGAGCAGAACCGAACUCGAGCAAUACGACACCUUCCUGGACGAGAACGACUGGGAUAUCUACUACUGGGCGACUCAGUCGCCGGCCAACACCCCUACGUCGCUCGAGUAUGCGGAAGGUGCUACGGGUGAGAAGAAGACCCAGACAACCGAAUACACCUCUCCGGCCAACCCAGGGCAAACACAAGAGACCGAUGCAUGGAGGCAAGGAGCUCCGCGCAGUGGAGAGUGGGCUCAGACCGUGGGGACUUUCAGGCCAGCGUAUCGACCGGUCCCCCAACGGUGGAAGGACAGUGCGAUUCUGCACAUGUUGCGCAGACAUGUCAGGGAAAGGAGUGCUGGCGGCGUUCUGGAGGAUGUCAAGGCAGCUCCCAAGAGCAAAGGCAGUGGUGGUGGUCUUGGGAGAAUGCCCGAUGUCCAAACCUUUGAUUAG